AUGAUCUUACUGCAAAAUGCGUACCAACUUGCAAAGAAAAUGGUUAAAAUAAUUGUUUUUGCGGUAGUAGGGAGAAUGGUUUAGAUGUAAAAUUAAUUUGUUAAUCUGGCUUUGAAUGCUAAAAUCUUGGAACAAAAUAAAGUGGUUGUUAAGAGAAAUGUACAACUAGCAAAACAUCAAAUUGUUAUUGCGGAUAAGAAAAGUCUCAAUAUUGUAAUCAAAAUUAGACCUGUUUAGAUGUGA